CUGAUAUCGGUAUCUCUCUAGCGUUAUCUUUAAUGAAAAGGAAGCCAGAAGACGAUAAAUUGUAAAUUUGAGAUAAACGGCGCUAAAAACGAAAUACAUGGAUGUUUACAGGAAAGAAUUAGCAGACACAAAGAAAGAACUUGAUACUAUCAGUAUAGAGAUUGACAGUCUUUUACAACGUCAGGCUUCUUUACAACAACGUAAAACAGAGUUAGACUCCAUUCUGAGGCAAAGUAGUUCGAAGUCAGAUGAUAAUGAUAAGAAAUGGGAUAAACAAGAUUUUGUAUGGAGUAAUAAUCUGCUGGAAAAGAUGGGAUCAGUCUUUAACAUACAAACUUUACGUCCUAUGCAGUUACAGACCAUGAAUGUGACAAUGUCUUGUAAAGACUGUAUGUUGAUAAUGCCGACAGGAGGAGGGAAAAGUUUAUGUUUCCAGUUACCAGCCCUCUUGUCCAAGGGUAUUACCUUAGUUGUCUCCCCUUUAGUCUCUUUAAUGGAAGAUCAGAUCAUGGCAUUGGAAAAAUAUGGAAUUGAUGCUACAAAACUGGAUGCCUCAGCCAGCAAAGAAAAAGUAAAAGCUGUUCAGGAGGCUAUGUUGGAGAAAAAUGCUAGUCUCAAACUGUUAUACGUUACACCAGAAAAACUGGCAAAAAGUAAAAGGUUUAUGGCAAAACUGGAGAAAAUGUACCAGACAGGGAGGUUUUCUAGACUAGUGAUUGAUGAAGUUCAUUGUUGUUCACAGUGGGGGCAUGAUUUCCGUCCUGAUUACAAGUUUUUAGGUAUUAUGAAGCGACAGUUUCCAGAAGUUCCUAUUCUUGGUUUAACAGCAACAGCUACUACUAAAGUGUUGGAGGACGUCAAGAAAAUAUUAAAUAUACCAAACUGUCAUCUGUUCAAAGCUUCAUUUAACAGACCAAAUCUAUUUUAUGAGGUAAAAGUUAAACCAUCAGCAUUUAAAGAAACAAUAUCAGAGAUGGUAGAAUUAAUUGAUAAAAGAUUCAGAAACCAAUCAGGUAUUGUGUACUGUUUUACACAAAAAGAAUCUGAAGAGGUUACAAAGGAGUUGAGACAACAUGGAAUAAAGGCAGGGUGUUACCAUGCCAACAUACCAACUAAACAAAAAAGUCAGAUACACGAGAUGUGGCUAGCAGAUAAAAUUUUGGUUAUUGUGGCUACUGUUGCCUUUGGCAUGGGAAUAGACAAACCUAAUGUCAGAUUUGUAAUUCAUCACUCUAUCAGUAAAUCAAUGGAGAAUUUAUACCAAGAAAGUGGACGAGCAGGGCGAGACGACCAGAGAUCAGAUUGUAUUGUAUACUACAGAUUUGCUGAUGUAUUUAAACAGAGUACUAUGGUAUUUACAGAACAGACUGGUUUAGACAAUGUCUAUGGUGUUAUGUCCUACUGUUUAGACAUAUCUAAAUGUAGAAGAGCAUCAAUAGCUAGACAUUUUGGAGAGUUGUGGGACAAAUCACAGUGUAACAAGAUGUGUGAUCAUUGUAAUAAAGACACAGUAGGGGAAAAGAGAGAUGUCACAAAACUAGGAAUAAAUGCUUUAACAAUAAUAGACCAAGCAUCUGCUACAGAUCAAAGAAUAACUGCAUUGAAACUGUUAGAUGCAUGGGAGGGUAAAGGUGCAGGCUCAUUAAAAGUCAGAGGUCUGGACCCUCCUAAAGUAUCCAGAGACAAGCUUGAGAGAAUUGUUGGCCACAUGUUGUUACAAGGUUUUAUAAGAGAGGAUUUUCACUUCACUCCGUACAGCACAAUAAGUUAUCUUGUUGCAGGGGCAAAGGCGAACUUGUUAAAAAGUGAAUCAGCAAAAUUAGCAGUGGAGUUUCUCAGUAAAAGAAGAUCACUACCAACUCAGAAUUCCAACACACACACUUCACCAUCAUCACAAAGUGAUCAUAAACCUCUAGCCAAACAGAGUGAUUCAAAACCAAAACUUGUUGUUAUCAAUUCUGAAAAUUCUAAAUUCUCAAACUUUACUGGAACUUCCAUUAAUCAGAGUAGUCAAGAUAAAAAUGACUUUACAAAAACAAAAGAUUCGGGCAAAUUAAAACGGAAGAAGCCGGUCAUAGAUGACUCUGACAGUGAUGAUCUUGACUUUGGGGAAGAAUUUAAAAGAAAACCUGCGAUGAAAAAGAAAUCAUCUCGGGAUACAAGGUCUUCAGAAUCUGAACCUAUUAGUGGCAGUCACAGUAACAAUUGUUCAAACUCAGAAUCUCUUAAUGGGAACCUUUGUGAACAUCAUGGUGCUGAAUCUGGGAAUGAUUCAGAUGUUAUUAUUGAAAAUAUUGGAAAAUCAAAAGCCAUUAUGAUUGAUUCUGAGUGAAUAAAAUAAAAAACAACCUUAAGGUUAUAGUAUCAGAGUCUAAGACCCUGUUCACACUAGAAUUUUUUGAAUCAGUCUUAAUUUGAAUCGAUCUAAAUAAAACCAGUUAGCGCUCACAUUAUCUUUAAUCCUAACGAUCUCUAUCGGGCUUAUCUGAACCACUGCGUUCACACUACAAGUAAACAUGCAAUCAAUCUAACUUAUUACCCGGGAAAUUGUAAACACUGUGUAUAAAUAGAAAUAUUAAUUUAAAUUAACAUGUUGAUAAACACCCUUGCAAAAAAUAAUGGAUGGAGUAAUUGUUUCACUUGAAUUACAAGUUUAAAUGUUGAUACUGCUGUUCAUAUAGUUUUCAUUAAUUUUCAGCCCUUUUAUGCUGGACAUCCAUUUUAUAAUAAAUUGCAUAUGUAAUUUUUCCGCCAUACAUGCACACAAAUUAUUUUUGAUUCAAUCGUACUAGUUUAGAUCGAUAUCUGCGUUCACAUUUAAAGUUAGAAAAGAUCGAUUAAAACUGAACUACCUCUUUUGGUGUUUUAAUUUAGACCAAUUCAAGAUCGAUUCAAAGCGUUCACAUUGGGCUUAAAUCGAUGUAAAGUGAACUGAUCUAGUAUAAAUCGAUCUAAAUGUCCAAGUGUGAACGGGGUCUUAUGCACAACAUAAAUGCAGGCAUCCAUCAUGGAAAUGUGUAGCACAAAAUAAUGCUCGAUGUGAUCAAAUGCUGCAUUCAGGUUCAAAUAGAUAGGGAUUUUUUUUUGUAUGAGAACAGAAAUUCCAUUCAGCUGUUGUAAUACCUUUUCUGGUCAUUGAAACAAGUAGUUUUUUAUUCAAACAUUUCUUUCAUUCAAUUUGUUAUGUUGAUAAUUUUCAAUGUUACUUCAUUUGAUAUUGAUUUUUAUCAGGAUAAUUGACAACAUAAAUGUACAAAAGUUUUUAAAAAAGGGUUAUUGACUACCAACCAGAUUAAUUUAUUGAAAAAUACCCAACUGCCAUAUCAAGACUCCAAGUCAGCAUUGGAAGUAAUACAUUUUGGAAAGGAAAGACUCAAUGAUUACUCAUUAAAAAUAUGAUUGUCACCUUUAUGAAAAUUAUAUUUGUGAAGCAAAAAAGUAAGAUUUGAAAGAAAAUUUGUAUUCUCUU